UUAAAAAAUGUAAAAUUUCCUUCGGCAAACACGGCAAAUUGAUUGAAGCAGUUCUAAAGGCUAUUGCUAAGAAAUUGAUAAAUAUAGACGGACAAGAAUAUAGUAAAUAUACCAUCUACAAGUUCCAGUUAUGAGAGAAGUUCUUUUAUUGGCGUUAUUCGGUUAUUUAGCUGUGAUAUGCCGCGAAACAAGCGCGUUGCAAGAACCAAUCUAUGGCUCGGGUAGCGGGGACGAAGAGCCUAGUGUGGUCGCUAGUACGAGCGGUACGAGCCCACCAAAUUCAGUAAGCCCCCCAGAUGACGAGGAUUUCGGUAGUGGUAGUGCUACAACCGAAGCCUCGACUGUACAAGAUACGACGAUAGUGACGGAAACUACAACGCAACAAACUUCGACGGAAUCUACAACGAAGCAACCAACAACAACCGCAGGAGUGACGACUGUCGAACACACAACAACAAUAUGGGGGACAGUCAAAUCAACGGAUGAUGAUGAUUUUAGUGGCAGUGGUAGUGCUAGUGGAUCUGGUAUUGUUGUGACAGAUCCAACGGACGAAACGUCUACAAGACCUACUACUCCUGAUAUUUUCAUCGAUGUUAGCACAACUGAUAACACUCUAAUAAUCAAGUCUAAACGUGAGCCGUCAACUGAAGGCGCGAUAACUCGCUCCACUUCUAGUCCUGAAACCACACAGUCACAGAGUUUGACAAACACAAAGAAGAUAACUACAUCUUCUGUCGCCACGAAGGCGGCCAAGAAGACGACUACGUUUGCCACAACCAAAGAGAAAUCGACGAUAUCGAUAGCUCAAGAUACGGAAUCGCCGACAAAGAAACAAACACAGAAAACUGUCACAGAAAGACCUUCAACUGGACAGCCUAAAUACUCAACAGAAUCCAGAGAGGAAUCUACUGAAAGGCCUGGAAAGGUUUAUACAACCCGACAAACGACAAAGGAAAGUGAAGAUACGUCGACGACAUCCAAGGCUCAUGUUAUGGCUCGUAAGGGCGAGAAACAAGAAGAAGGAUUUACGCUUACAACCGAAGUUAUAGCCGGUGUUGUGGCUUGUGCUUUACUGGCUUUGCUCCUGAUAGCUUUCCUUAUGUACAGAUUGAAGAAAAGAGACGAGGGAAGUUAUCUUUUGGAUGAAUCAAGCGCGUAUCCAAGCGAUUACAAGAAGCUUCAUCCAUCUGACAAGGAGGCUUUCAUAUGAAUUUUAUAAACUUGUUUUGCGCGACGUUGGGUUAAUCGUUUAGAAUGAAAUAUAUUUUGUACCGAUUAUUACGGUUCGAAAUAUGUACGGCAUUAUUUGAAAAACAUCAUGCUUUAUAAAAGACGACCAUAUUGGUAUAUUGUAAUCCUAUAUAAAGUACUUAGGUAUCUGUUUGUAUCAUUAGAAACGGACAGUUUUUUCCACUCAAAUAUGAAAUAUGCUGGAUUAGCUUGGAGUCUCUGUCACGCUAUAAGGUAUAGAUGAUAGGAGAACUUUAAGAGUUUGACUCUAUUCGACGUCGACGAAUUUUAUAUUAUGGUUACUUCGUUGUAGUUUGUGUACCGUGUGUGUAUAUAUAAUUCCUUUUGUUAAAUUUCAAAGCUGAAUAUUACCCCGUUAACAUAUUACAUAUAUAAUAUAAUAUGAGUACUAACAACUAAUAUAGUUGCUUUGGGCAUUAUUCCCGAGUACUGUAGCCUAAAUUGCGAUAUUUUUUUUCUACUGUUUUAAAUCUUUUUUAAAAUAAAAAAUAUAUAUACACA